GCCAAGCGGGAGCCGGAGGCCCCGGGCUCUCUGGGCCGCGCCUGAGGCGGACGCAACGGGGCCGGGGGGCGGCGGCAGUAGUGGCGGCAGCGGCGGCGCGAGUGAGCGCCGCGGCUGGCCGAAGUGGAUGGAGUUGGAGGGGCGGAGUGCAGGCGGCGUGGCGGGAGGACCAGCUGCUGGGCCCGGGCGGAGCCCCGGGGAGUCGGCGCUGCUGGACGGGUGGCUGCAGCGGGGCGUGGGCCGGGGGGCCGGCGGCGGGGAGGCGGGGGCCUAUCAGACCCCUGUACGGCUGGAUCCGGAGUCCGGUCCGGAAUACGAAGCGCUGCCGGCUGGAGCCACUGUCACCACGCACAUGGUGGCGGGCGCCGUGGCAGGGAUCCUGGAGCAUUGCGUGAUGUACCCGAUCGACUGCGUCAAGACCCGGAUGCAGAGUCUACAGCCUGAUCCAGCCGCCCGCUAUCGAAACGUGUUGGAGGCUCUCUGGAGAAUUAUAAGAACAGAGGGCCUGUGGAGGCCCAUGCGGGGGCUGAACGUCACUGCAACUGGCGCGGGGCCUGCCCACGCCCUCUAUUUUGCCUGCUACGAAAAGUUAAAAAAGACAUUGAGUGAUGUAAUCCACCCCGGGGGCAAUAGCCAUAUUGCCAAUGGUAUUGAGCCUCCCUGUGCUGGUCCCCACUUCCCCAACUCUCUGGGCUUGGCUGCUGUCAGUGCUUCCCAGCCUCGCAUGGUGUGGAGCGGCAGCCUUGGGCUGGGUGCAGCCGGAUGUGUGGCAACGUUACUUCAUGAUGCAGCCAUGAAUCCAGCUGAAGUGGUCAAGCAGCGGAUGCAGAUGUACAACUCACCAUACCACCGGGUGACAGACUGUGUUCGGGCAGUGUGGCAAAAUGAAGGGGCCGGGGCCUUUUACCGCAGCUACACGACCCAGCUGACCAUGAAUGUUCCCUUCCAAGCCAUUCACUUCAUGACCUAUGAGUUCCUGCAGGAGCACUUUAAUCCCCAGAGACGGUACAACCCCAGCUCCCAUGUGCUCUGUGGAGCCUGCGCAGGAGCUGUAGCUGCCGCCGCCACCACCCCACUGGACGUUUGCAAAACACUGCUCAACACCCAGGAGUCCCUGGCCUUGAGCUCAAACAUUACAGGACACAUCACAGGCAUGGCUAAUGCCUUCAGGACGGUCUAUCAAGUAGGCGGGGUGACUGCUUACUUCCGAGGGGUACAGGCCAGAGUAAUUUACCAGAUCCCCUCCACAGCCAUCGCAUGGUCUGUGUAUGAAUUCUUCAAAUACCUAAUCACGAAGCGGCAAGAAGAAUGGAGGGCAGGCAAGUGAAGGGAUGCUGAGUGGACCGGGGUCUGACCGUACGGCUGCAUCCUGCCCUUCCAGCACAUUCUCUUCUGUGGCACACUCCAGUCUCAAGAGGAAUUGGAAGGAAGGAGAGAGCUCACUCCAGGCUGUAGUUGGCUAACACGAGUUCUUGCCAACGUCUCUUGUCACCGUUGUCUUUCCUCCUGGGCUCUCUGCAAUUCAGCAAAGCCCACUGUAGUCCCUCUGACACCGUCUCCAUCCUGGGCCUGGCGACCUGCUUUAGACUUGCAGAGGAUAAGCAGCACACCCCCUGGUUCCUAAUUAAAAAGAAAAAAAGCCUUUAAA